GUUCUUCUGAUUUGCUUUUCAGCACAAGUUGAGGCAGGGAAAUAUCUCCCAGAUCAGAUGCUGGGAGAGUUUAAGUUGGAGACCAGUGAGGGGUUUACUGAUUUUAUGUAUGAAAUUGGUGUUCGUUGGAUUAAACGCCAGAUAGCCUGUACCCUGUACCCAGUACAGCAGAUUAAAGAGGCAGAUGACGGUGAAAUAUCUGUUGAUACUCUGACAACUUUUAAGAGUCUGUACACAAAAUUCAAGCUUAACGAACCAUGGGAGGAAUAUACUGGGGACGGAAGGUACACUAAAACCACGACUACUGUACAAGAUUUAAGUCUGAUAAAAGUACAAAUACCAAAACCUGAUGCGACUUUUAACAAGACUACUCGAGAGGUUCGCCAGUUUAGUCCUGAUGGUCAAACAAUGACUGUAAUCAACACUAUUGAAGGACUACCCAACAAAAAGAGUGUCAGAGUUUACAAGAGGACACAGUAGAUCAAAAAAUAGUAUUUUAAUUUAAGUAUGUUUUGUAAAAACUGUUAAUUUGCUUAAAAACAUAAAACAUAAAAUACCC